CAGCUAUGAGAGCAUUAUACAAAAGACAAGCGCAAGGCAGUGCAGUCGGCCGCCGGGGUGAGUGAGUUUUGGUGCGGCUGACCGUCUGAUUCUCUGACCUGCAAAUGCAGAUUAGAGAGACUCGCCGAAAUACCAUGAGAAUCGAUUCAGAUCCCUGAGACCCGCUGUAUUUCUGUCUAGAAACGGAAGCCCUGGUGUUUUGGACGUUUUUUAUGUAAGGCCCAGCGGUUGUCAGCAGCCUGUUCCCAUGCAAGAUGAGCUCGUCUCCUGUCGUAUACCAUGUUUCCGUUGACAUCCUGGAGGAACUGCAGCACUUUGCAGCUCAAAACCUGGAGAAGAUUGAGAUUAAUAAGUACUAUGAGGUCAUACGGGAGCUGGGCAAAGGCACCUAUGGGAAGGUGGACCUUGUCGUCCAUAAGAUCAGAGGCACCAAGAUGGCUCUGAAGUUUCUAAAGAAGAAAACAACCAAGUUGAAGAGUUUCUUAAGAGAGUACAGCAUCUCUCUUUAUCUUUCGCCAUGUCCCUUUAUAAUCAACAUGUUCGGCAUUGCAUUUGAAAUGGAGGAUUAUUACGUUUUUGCACAGGAGUAUGCCCCAUCUGGUGACCUGUUUGAUAUCAUUCCACCACAGGUGGGUCUUUCAGAACCAGUGGCUAAGCGUUGUGUCCAUCAAGUGGCCAUUGCUCUGGACUACCUCCAUUCAAAAAAGCUGGUGCACCGAGACAUCAAGCCCGAGAACAUCUUAAUCUUCGACAAAGAGUGCCGUAAGGUCAAGCUUUCAGACUUUGGCAUGACACGACGAGCUGGAUCACCAGUGAAGCGUGUGAGUGGAACCAUACCCUACACGGCCCCUGAGCUCUGUGACACGUCCAAACAUGAGGGCUUCUGCGUGGACUACAGCACAGAUGUCUGGGCCUUUGGAGUUCUGCUCUUCUGCAUGCUCACCGGCAACUUCCCCUGGGAGAAGGCAAUGCUGUCCGACACAUUCUAUGAGGAGUUUAUGCGCUGGCAGAGGCGACGGACAGGUACGGUGCCGUCACAGUGGCGCCGCUUCACGGAUGAAGCACUGCGCAUGUUUCGAAAGCUUCUGUGCCUGGAGCAGGAACGUCGGUGCUCCGUCAAAGAAGUGUUUGUGCAUUUUGGCCACCUUUGGAUGCUGGAUGGCCAUGGUGGUGGAAGCCACCAUCAAGCUGUGCUGAACUCGUCAUCUGAGGAGGAAGAGUUGCUGGUGGACCGUAUGAAACAGCAGACCUUGUCGCCAGUGGCCUGCACGACCAAAAAUAACGCGAUAGAGCCCGGAACAGCUGCGGCGCACCACUUCACCUCCGUGUCCACAAACAGCUCUGUGUCUUCCACGAAUAGCUACGAGCGCACAGCUAGAGACAGUCCCCCUAGCAGCCGCAUCCUGGUCACAACCCCUAUAGAGAUCUGUGUUUAGAGACUGGACAAUAUACGCAAGUUAAUUCACAGCAAAAUUAAACAAAAACAACUUUAGCGCACAACCAGACGCAUUGUCAAGAUGCUUGAACUUCCAAUCACCCACACAUGUCCUAAAAGGUGUUUGCAGAAUAAAGUUGUGCUUUCAAAUAGAUGGAAAACAAGCAGAAAAUGAUGUAAACAGUGUAGUAAAUAAAACAUUUUAUGUAAAUUAUGAGCUGUGUCUUUAUGAUUCUACAGUGUUCAGAGUUGGCUCAUAAAAUGAGACUUGCUAACAUUCCUUACAGAAAUGUAUGUUGUGCUGAUACACUGAAAUACUGUGCAGGUCAUACUUUCUAGUUCAUGGAUUAGCAAUGAUCCAAUAAAUGUGUACUGAAAGGAAGAUUCAUAGGCUUAAAUCCAGUAUAAACUCUAAAUAGAUUGGGACGAAUUAUGAGGGCUUCCCCAAAACUUCUGUAAAGCAAUAUAUGAAGCAAAAAAGAAGAAAGGAGAAUAUCUGGGAUCUACAUGAUUUUUUUUAUGUAUUUUUUAAGCAAACAUUGAAAAUUGGGCCUAUACACAAUGAUGAGAAAAUAGAAUGGAUGAUAUUUGCAGUUUGUUUAUGUGUAUUUAAGAUUUAGUGUGUACAAAUUAGUUACGUUAUUUAAGGCCUGAUUUACUAAAACAUUUGUUACAUGUAACAAAAUGAACGAUUUUCAGAAGGUUUAUUACGACAUGCUUUAAUUGCUUUUAAUUGAUCACAUCACUUAUUGCAUGUACUCAAAACGUUUAUAAAGACUCAGACUGUUGUUUUGAAUUUACUUAAUUGAUCACGUCUCUUAGAUUUUUCCGUUGAUUUGUAGUUGUUUACAAACACCAUAAAGUAGUUUCAAAUGUUUUCAAAUUAAUUUGCUUUGGUACUUUGAUGACACAGCUGUGCCAAACAUAUUAUUAUUCAGCAGUGCAUCAGAGCUUGUUUUCUCUCCCAUCAAACAGAUGUCACGUACAGUAGUUAUCUACUAUUUGUGACUGACAAGAAUUUAAAAUUAAAGAGAAAAGAUAAAAAGAUAAAUGUUUAAACAUUGUCAUAUUGAUGUUUUUUGUUAUUUAUUUAUAUAUUGGCUGUGAAAUUUGUUGCAAAAACAAAUUUUGUUUGUUUUUGAGUUGUGCAUUAUGUACUAGCGGUGGUAAACAUAUCCUUUUUGAAGAUUUACAAGUUCUUUGAUGUUUUCCCCUUUUAAUAAAGCCUUUGUUACCUGUAUUUUUUCUACAUUGUUUUAAAACAAAAGACAUUGCAGCUGUGUGCAAUCACAUUCUAAUAACUGCAUGUUCAUUUUGAAGUGAUUCAAAAUAUGUAAGAAUUGUUGUAAUGUGACGUUUGCUGUAACAAUUUCUUUUAUAAUGUUCAGAGUGCAAUUGUGCUAGAUGACCUAGGGCAAAACAUCAAGCCGAAUUACUAUUUGUUAGUUUUGUGUCGUGUUUGUGUGCUGUUGUUGUUAUUAUGUUAAUUUCCCAUUAAGAUAAAGAACUACCUGAAAAAGCCGGAAUGUAUGCAACCCCAUUAGAAGUAGAAAUAAGUAAUGCUUGCACCACUGCUGUCACAUUAUGAAAGUGAUUUUAAUUUAGGCAAUGUUGAAAGAAGAUACACUGGGCUUGCUGAGAAAUUGAGUUUGUCAUUGAAGUUAUUCAUGUCCUGAACGAACAAAAUGGUAGUUGUAUUGGAAUUGAUAGAUUUUGUGUUUAAAUGUGUUUUAUUUUGCGCGUACAUGUCUGCAUGAACGUUCAACAUGUACUGGAACCUUUUAUGAGAAAAACGUUUAGAUAUAAUUGUAUCACCUUUAAAAGUCGGUCAUUUGUCUGUAGCAGCAUAAAUAUACUGUUCUUACAUUUUGAAGACAUUUUGUGAAUCUCUGUGCAACUAGACUUGCCAUGAGAUGUCAGAUAUGAGACUUAGGGCAUUAAAUGCAGAGUCAUAUCAAGAAAGUGGCAGUGUUUUUAUCUUAUUAGCAACAAAUGUGAAGUACACACAAUAGAGGAUGAUUUUGUGGUUAUAAAGUAAUGCUCUGCUCAAGCUUUUUGGUUUUGGUGAUUUUGAUCAGCUAUUAAUGGGCUUUUAGUCAUUUCAAAACAAACUCUGAAACUCAUUUCCAAAUUCUGUCUUUGCAAUACAAGUGUCUUCCUGUAAGUUCAGAUUUAUUUUAAAAUAAAUCUUGA